UUUAGUGUGCGCCGACCUGUUUCCGUAGACGGCCACAAAAAACCGUCAAAGACCUAGCCACCAACUGCUCUGGACUGCGAUUUCGUUUUCGAGAGACGGUCUCCAAAAUACAUUUUCGAAAAAUUCCCAAAAGUGACUGUCAGCCAGCUGGAAAAUAAGUACCCGUAUAGUCGAUCUUCAACAAGAUCGGCGGGACUGUGACGUCGGCGUGGCUCAAAAGUGCAAUCGUUCCCCCGACAAAACAAAGCUCAGUUUGCAAUCGCCCGCCCGUUUCACCCCGUUUUCGUAAUCGCAUCGUGCAAAAAGAAAAUCAAAAAGUUAUUAAAAAAGUGAAUCUGGCCACUGGCAUCCCGCUCGCACUCCCAGCCACUCGUACCGCCGCAUCGACGCCGCCGUCGCUGUCGCCGCGCUCUCCAUUGUUUAUGUUUUUUUGUGUUCUUCCCCCGAGAAGGCGGGGAAGUAAUGAUAAAAGCAAUGCGCUCGCAAUGAAACGAAAUUGAGUGAAAAAUAAAUUUCGUUUACAAAAAAUCCAGCGAAAAAAGGUAAAAUAAAAAAGUUACAAGCGAAUGAGAAGAAAAAAUUCACUGCCAAGCAAAUUUCACGCCGUAUUUAAUCUUUGCUCACUGACCGCCUCCAGCUUAAUCGCUGCUCGUCUUUCUUUCUGUUCUGUUCCGUUCGCGAUCGCGAGUGUUCCGUGCCCCGAUUCUGGAUACACAGCUCCGGCUCUGCUCCCAGUAACGGCCACCGAUCUAAUCCGACCACGAUCCGGCCCAAUCCCAUCUUUGCAUCUCCAAUCUCGAUUCUCGAUUCCCGGGCUGUGUGUUCUGGAGACAUCCGCGUCGCGUUUUUCACACUCAGAACAGCACUCGGAACAGCUAUCGUUGAAGCUUGCCAUCUAAACUUGAGAGAUCCAAAUCACUUCGCAUCGAUAAUGAUAGUGCCCUGUGAACGCAUAUGAAAGUGCUGUAGAAAACUUAAAAAGCCCAUAGAAGUCCGUUUGGCCAGUGAAGCGAACAGGAUCAAACUUAGUUUAAGCAUUUUUAAGGAUAAAACUAUUACCCUAGGACACCGGUUCAGUAAGAUGUCCGCAACAUUGGUCCUAAUCACAGCGCUCCUCUUGGCCAGCACAAUAUGCCAGGCCCUGCCAGAUCUGCACAAACAAAUGUCGCCGGAGCAGCUGCAGUCAGUCUUCCACGUGGACAACCACGAUGCAGUGCCGCACUACGAGCUCGUCCAGCUCUUGCACCAUGAAAACCACAACUACAACCACCAGCGACGGCGGCGGAGCAUCGGCGAGAGGGCAAAGGUCAACGCCGCCCUGCCGCCCCACCACGUGAAAAAGGAUCUCAGCAAGAAUGCCUACUACAGCGAGCUGAAGCACGAGGCCAUGGCCUCGGGCGGCAACCACCUGUUCGGACCGGAAGUGAGUGCCAUCAAGUCGCACAACGUGUCCUUCAGCGCCUUCGGCAAGGCCAUGAACCUCAGCCUGCGCGCCACCCAAGGACUCUUCAAGGGCGCGCCCCACCAGCUGCGCAUGUGGACGGUGGGCAGCGAGCCCAACGCCACCCACGGGCUGGACCUUCAGGAAAUCGCCCACGAAGAGCACCACAGGAACGAAGUGGGGGAAGUCUUUCAGGAUGAGAAGAACAUGGCUGCGAUCUUGAUGCGGCGCCACAUGGAAACCGGCGACCUGAUAAUGGAGGGCAGCAUCGGCCAUGAUCUGGUGAUCAAGCCCCUGCCGCACGAGCUGAGUCCCAAUCCCGAGGAGUCCCACCACAUCAUCUACAAACGGGAGGCGUCCGCUGCAGAAGACCAGCUGAGUGACUUUGCCUUCAUGGAACCUGAUGAUCUGCUGGCCAGCGAGAAGCUCGAGAGGUUGCAGCGCCGCCAGCGUCGCAGUCGACGCAGUGCGCCCAGCAGCCCCGACUUCGAGGAUCUGAACGAUGAGGACGAGGGCGCCCUGGAGUCAGAGCCCCAAGUGGCCGAGUCCCGGACUCGAUCCCGCCGCCAGGCCCCGUACAUCAUCUAUCCCGAGGUCUUGGUUAUCGUCGACUAUGAUGGCUAUCGGCUGCAUGGCGGCGAUAAUUUGCAGGUUAAGCGAUACUUCAUCUCGUUCUGGAACGGAGUCGAUCUGCGCUACCGCCUGCUGAAGGGUCCCAGAAUACGUAUCAGCAUUGCCGGCAUUAUCAUUUCGAGGGGUCGAGAUGCCACUCCCUAUCUGGAGCGUAAUCGAGUGGGUCGGGAUGCCAUUGACUCGGCUGCUGCUCUCACGGACAUGGGAAAAUAUCUGUUCCGGGAACGCCGACUGCCGGUCUACGAUAUUGCCGUUGCCAUAACCAAACUCGAUAUGUGCCGUCGCACCUCCGCUUAUGAUGAAUGUAAUCGCGGUACCGCAGGCUUCGCUUACGUCGGCGGCGCAUGCGUGGUGAACAAGCGACUGGAGAAGGUGAACAGCGUGGCCAUCAUCGAAGAUACCGGCGGUUUCAGCGGCAUCAUCGUGGCUGCCCAUGAAGUCGGACACCUGUUGGGAGCGGUGCAUGACGGAUCGCCACCGCCCAGUUACUUGGGUGGACCAGGGGCCCAGCGGUGCCGCUGGGAGGAUGGCUACAUCAUGUCCGAUCUGCGUCACACGGAGCGGGGUUUCAGAUGGUCCGCGUGCACGGUGCAGAGCUUCCACCACUUCCUCAAUGGAGAUACGGCCACCUGCCUGCACAAUGCCCCGCACGAGGACAGCGCCCUGGGCAGGUCUUUGCCGGGAACCUUGCUUUCGCUGGAUGCCCAGUGCCGCAGGGAUCGAGGAACUUACGCCUGCUUCAAGGACGAGCGAGUGUGUGCCCAGCUCUUCUGCUUCGACGCCCAGACGGGGUACUGCGUGGCCUACAGACCAGCGGCCGAGGGCUCGGCCUGCGGUAACGGUUAUCACUGUCUGGAUGGACGAUGCACACCGCUGCCCUCGAAUAUCAUUCCCGAUUACGGACACAACUAUCGUUUGGUCUACAAUAAAAUCAACAACAAGAAAGAUUCCGCUGAGGAUAUUGAGAAUAGUAGCGAGGAGACCGAGUCCCAGGAGGACGAGAAUGAGAGUAAUGAGGAUCAGGACGAGGGCAACACUAGUAGCGAGGAGCAGGAGGCCAACCAGCAGGACAAUAGGAUCGAGCAGAGCUCUGCGGCUGACGCAGCUGCUGUGACGUCGCCAACAACCGCCAAAACCCCGACAACCACUGUGCGGACCACAACCACCACUGUGAAGCCCAAGUCGAAGUCCUUUGGCUAUCUGCAUCGAAGCCUUCCCGAGCGACAGUGGACGCAGGACGAUGGUGUGCUGGUCACGACGCGCAUCAGCAGCAGCGUCAGUAGCAGCAGCGGCAGUGGCAUCAGCAAUACCAUCAAUGACACAACAGCAACAUCAAGUCCCAAACUCAGAACAACAACCACACAAACACCGAACCUACUCCAAUUCUAUACACACGAACUACGCAAACAAAUCGAAUACUAUUUACACAUGCUACAGACACAACAACAUGCUACCAAAUUGCAACCAGAACAACAGCAACAGCAGUCACAACAACAACAGUCGAUAGUUGAAAUCCCUUUGGUACAAAAACGCCUUACAAAUUAUAGUGUAACCAGCAGCAGCAGCAGCAGCAGCAGCAACAACGGGGCGAAACAACAGCCGCCGAACAGCAAGGAUGAGAACCAGAGACAGCAGCAGCAACAACAGCAGCAGCAGCAACACCUCCAGGAGCAGCAGCAACUCCAGGAUGGGCUGCCCGAUGAGGAAAACGAGGCGACUGCCGGCAUUCAGAGCAAUGAAGCGAUUGAGCGGCAAAAACGUAAGUUCCCCACACAACCCACAGCGGCAACCAGUGCUGCCCAGACAUCAGCUACGUCGGCGACAUCGGCAACACCCACAUCAGCAACACCCGCCAAACCGAUAACAACUUCAUCAUUUCUCGAUGCGUACUUUAAAAAACUGCAAGCCUUGCAUGAUGGUGGAUCGGCAGCCACCAGCACAACCACCUCCGUGUCGUCGUCAGUCAGCACGGCAACAUCCGGCAAGCAGCAGCAGCAACAUGUACAGCAGCAGCAGCCAGAUGGCAGCGCCUUCUUGAAACGUACGCCAAAUCGGAGUAGUAUUAAGGCAUACAAACCUAGUAGUAGCAGUAGUAGUAACAGCAGUAGUCAGCCACAACAGCAGCAAUAUGCGGCAAACUAUAUUGGCGACACCACAAACAAUCAGCCAGCGGUGUUGGACAACAGUAACAGUGCGUCAAGCACCACGGAAACCGCCAAGAAACCCAAAAUCAAAACACAAAAACUAAUACGCCGAACACGAGUCAUGUAAAAACGAUCUGAGGAGAUGCGGCAGAGAACUCUGAUACCAACUAUCAUAAGCUACUACUUACUGCUAGCCAGAAGCUGCUUGAGCAAACGAACAUCCCCAAACGAACCGAAGGCUCCCCAACAACAUCAAAUACAGAUCCACAUACACUAAACAAAGCAACACACGCAUCACACACAAGUAAAUGCCAAACCGAACGCAACCGAAACCGAUACAGAUUCCGAUACAGAUACCGAUAACCGAAACCGUUACCGAUUCGUUAUCCUUGCGUGCGGUAAGCCCAAAACCAAUCCAGCAUUCAAAUCGGGUUCUUAACUCCCCCUAGUAGUCUAAAGCUUUGCCCUUAAGUACGCUACGAAUUACCGUAGAGCAUGGAUGCGCGAUAGUUUUAGUAGUACUCUUAUCUUUUACGCUGCCUGUUCUUUAAUAUUUAAAUAACUUUUAUAGUGGUUGUUGAGGCUGCGAAACGAAAUCCAAGUGCUAAGCUCAUGCGCAAUGGUCCAUGAAGCUGUAAUAUGGAUUACCCUCGUAUCUUAAGCAUUUGGCAUCUGGCAUAUUGCAUCGAUCAUAUUUAAUCUCGUAGUACGGAAACGCUUUAAAACCGUUCAAUAGUAGUUCUUGAAUCCUAAUGUUGGCAUGUUUCUACGAAUAAUGUAGUGUACCAUUUUAGUUUACCCCAUUUGAACGGUUAUCAUUGUCUCCGAAAGGCUGGCAGAAUUCGAUUAGGACAUUUGCAUUCACACAUCCGCAGACCUCAUAAAGCAUGCUUUAAGAUAAACUCUCAUACCACCUCUUUCAAAAUCGACGAAAAGAUUCAUCGCUGAAUUUUCUAUUUCUUGCGCGGUUUAUUUCUCGCUCUUUUUUUCUAAAAUUGCAUCGAACACUCGCCCCCACACAUAAAAACAAAAUUAAAUCGAACUAGAAACAAAUUGGCAUUGAAACAUGCACACACAUACCAGCAUACAAACUUACACGCUCUUUACCUCACACCACCACACAAGCAUACACACUGUUUGAAGGCAAAACCAAAAGAAAUUAUAUCGAAACAUCUCUAACUGUAGCAAUUAAGUAAUAUAUAUGAUCUACAAGAAUGGCAUGGAGUCAGAACGCAUUUGCGUACUAAAAAUAAGAAAGAAAAAUGGCAAAAGUGAAACAGAGUAAUUUGGCAAACGGAAACGCAUGGAAUGGAACACACGCACAUAUCACACAACCACCCACACAAAUCAAAAUGGUCGGCGUCUGCAAACCUAUCUCUUAAUUGCAUACCGAAUAAACCUCCAAGAUUAGCUCAUUUAUUUUGCACGCCCCACGCGAAUUGUAUUUUCCAUUAUCUCUAAUUUUCUUUGUUUUUCUUUUUUGUUUCCCCGCUUCCGUUUUCGACCCGUUCCCGCACUCCGCAGUGGUUAACUGGAAGCUGUUUCCGUUCUAGUGAAAGUGCAUGAAGCAACAUUGGGGAACGUUCGGAACUGGCACGCAGACGUCACUGCCAUCGAAAUUGGAACAAAUGUUUGCAGUUAGUGUUUUUAGCUAGAAUUUAUUACUAUUAUAAUCUGUAUGAAACCCUAUUGAUUUGUUGUUAGUUCUAGCCGCAACUAAUUUAAAAUAUUGUCUGUUAAAUGCAACUAAGGCUACAAAGCCGAGUUGUUAUGUUCAGUACAUGCAUAUAUUUUGUAAUUUAAUUUAAUGCAAGUUCUUGUAAAAUAGUACAUAUUAUUCUGUAAAAAGUUCACCUACGCACGCACUUUUGGCACACAACCUAAAUUAUUCUUUGAGCCACAAAUCAACCGAAAGGAAAAUUAAUAAUAAUCCCACUUUCCAAUGUGAUAAACAUAUAUAAUUUGUACUCUUUACUUAACAAAAUAUUUAUCAUUUUCUGUUAGAAAAUUGCUAGAAAGGUUGAGAAUCGUUCAUUUACCUGCCUUGCCGCACUUUGCCUACAAGAAAACUUAAAUUUUUCAUUCAUUAUUGUAUUACAUUUUAGAAGUCUAAAUUCUAAAGCAAAAUUCAUCUAUCUACGUUUACCUAGCCUAAUGCUCUUUUUAUACAGCAAUGAAAAAUGUAAUAGCUAAGUUUUAGUUGUAGUCAACUCAACAUCGUAAAAUAAAUAAAACUGUAAAUUUAUCACACACACAAAAGAAACAAAAAAAUAGUUUAAGAAGAAUAUAUAUAAAGAGAUUUAUUUGUACAAAA